GACAUAUUUGCUAAAGUGGGCAAUCAAAAUGGGUGUUCCCUCUGUUUUGGCACUCUUGCUUCUCUUUCAUCUAUUGUUUCUUCAUCGCUCUUCUGGGAAAUGUCCAGACUCCUUCUACUGUGGAACUCAUGGCCAAAUCAGAUACCCUCUUUCCAACUCCACAUAUCCCCAUUGUGGGCUCUACACCGUACAAAAUUGCACGGACCCAGUUCCGAAACUCAAUCUGAAAAAGAAGGAAGUAGUACUCUAUGAACUUAAGACUACCAAUGUCACUGAAAAUUCCAUUAGGGUUAGAGACCCAAAUCUAGGGUACCUCAUUGGGAGAAAUGCUUGCGAUGUUUUCGGGUUCUACUUGAACUGGACUCUUCCCCCUAAACUCAACGGUAUUUCUUUCACAAUAUCACCUGGUCUCACCUUGUUCAGAUGCACUACCAUUAGCCCUGAACUUGACAAGAAACAAGAUGAGUAUUUUCGUGGCAAUGAUAGUUACAGAGGCUGCCGUGGAUACACUGUCUACUAUAAGUAUCCUGUCUCGAGUAAUGCCAGUGUUUCUCAUCGUUGCUCGGUUAUUGAAUUGCCAGUGGUACCCGAACUCAGAAAUCGAAAUGCCAGUGAUUUGUUCUCUGUGUUGGCUUCUGAGUUCUCUAUUAGGUUUCAUGUGUCCACGGAAUGUCAAUUGUGUCGCCACAAGGGGGGGCGAUGUUCUCGUGAUAGCACGCGCUUCCAGUGCAGAAAUGAGAAAGAAGGAAUUAGCAAGCACUUGAUACUGGUAUUGGGAACAGUUAUACCUGGAGUCGUAAUCCUUCUGCUAUGCUUGGUCAUAAUAAUUAUAUGGCGUCGCAACAUAUGGAGUCAUGUUUCAUCGUACAUCUCUUCAAAGAACACUUCCUCCUUUCACUUGUCAAAAGCAGACCUUGAAGGAGGUAGUGCCUACUUUGGUGCCUCUGUCUUCUCCUAUGCUGAACUUGAACAAGCCACUGAUGACUUCGACCCUUCCAAGGAAUUGGGUGAUGGAGGUUUCGGCACCGUGUACCAUGGAAAACUCCUCGACGGGCGGGAAGUUGCUGUCAAGCGCCUAUACGAGCACAACUUCAAGCGGGUGAAGCAGUUCAUGAACGAAGUCGAAAUCCUUACCCGUUUGAGCCACCCCAAUCUGGUCAUCCUUUAUGGUUGCACCUCCCGCCGCAGCCGGGAACUACUACUCGUCUACGAGUACAUUCCCAAUGGCACUGUGGCGGAUCAUCUACACGGUGGUCGAGCAACGGAGGGUUCGCUUGCAUGGCCUAUUCGCAUGAACAUAGCCAUUGAAACUGCAAGGGCAUUGGCUUACCUCCAUCUCUCUGAUGUCAUCCACCGCGAUGUGAAGACUGAUAACAUACUCCUUGACAAUGAUUUUCAUGUCAAAGUUGGAGAUUUCGGGCUCUCGAGAAUCUUCCCCAUCCUUGCCACUCACGUCUCAACGGCUCCACAGGGCACUCCUGGUUAUGUUGAUCCCGAGUACCAUCGAUGUUACCAACUUACUGAGAAGAGUGAUGUCUAUAGCUUUGGGGUUGUUCUUGUUGAGCUCAUAUCAUCACUGCCAGCUGUUGACAUUAACAGGCACAGAGAUGAUAUUAAUUUGGCUAACUUAGCAGUAAACAGGAUCCAAAACCAUGCAAUCCAUGAGUUGAUUGAUCCGUCUCUUGGGUUCGAGUCAGAUCCUUCGAUUGAGAGGUUGACUUUCUCGGUGGCAGAGGUGGCUUUCAGGUGUUUGCAACUUGAUAAGGACAUGCGGCCUACGAUGGAAGAGAUAUUGGAGGCUUUGAUGGAAAUUCAGGCUUACAAAGACGAGAAUGUUGGGAAGAUAAUUGACGAUGGUAGCACAUUAACUAGAAGGCCUCCUACUUCGCCUGAUGGCGAAGAUGUUGUGUUGUUGAAGAACAGAGUGGUGCCAGUUUCACCAGCUUCGGUGACCAAUAGAUGGGUUAGUACCUUUACCACGUCUGCCUCCAGUGAGUCGUUUCACUCCACUUUUGCUUGAACAUAGAUAUGCCAA